GCUUUGAGGGUUUAAUUUGUUGGCUGCCAUGGAUGCUUCUUUGGCCAAGGAAGACGGCGGCAGCGCCGGGAAAGCGGGCGGUGCUACGGGAGGUGGAAGCGGUGGAGGAGCGGCGGCGGCCUUUCCGGUCCAUCGUAUGAUCGCGCCGAAGCCGGAGCCAAUGGAGUUUCUAGGCCUCGGUGCGCUUCCGAUCGUUCGGCGUCCGGCCGCAAGGACCAAAGACCGGCACACCAAGGUGGAGGGGCGGGGGCGGCGCAUCCGGAUGCCGGCGGCGUGCGCCGCCCGGAUCUUCCAGCUCACCCGGGAGCUAGGGCACAAGUCCGACGGCGAGACGAUCCGCUGGCUGCUCCAGCACGCCGAGCCCGCCAUCAUCGCUGCCACGGGGACGGGGACCGUCCCGGCGAUCGCCACCGUGGUUGACGGCGCGAUCAAGAUCCCCACCGACGCCCCUACCUCUUCCUCCUCCGUGGGGCUGGUGUCCACAUCCGGAGAGGAGGAGUCCGCCGCCGCCGCGAAGCGGCGCAAGAAGCUCCAGCCUUCGCGCGCGUCCGCGGCCUCGGCCGCCUCCCUCGCCCCCAUCGCGGCGGCGUUCUACCCGGUUCAUGAUCCCCUACUCCAGGGGGGAGGCGCCAUCUCGAUAUCCACUGGGCUAGCGCCAAUCGCCCCGACGGGGGUUGUACCGAUGUGGGCGGCCGCCCCAGUUUCUGGCGGAGGGCGUGUCCUCCCACCCGGAGCUCUGUGGAUGCUGCCGCAGCCUACGGCAGUGUCGGAGCCUUCAGGGCAGACUGCACAGAUAUGGGCCUUCCCUCCGGCCUCGCAAUUCAUAAACAUCUCCGGGACACCGCCCGCAGCGGCGGCGGCGGCCGCGGCCGCAGUGUACCAUGGCGGCGCCUUGGCUGGCGUCCACGUCUCCUCCUCCGGCGAUUUCGAGCAAUCGGCUGCACCCACAGAGAAGAAGAAGCAAGAGCUACAACUGAUGGGAUUACCGCCGGAGGCGGCUGGGCAAGACGACGAGGAGGAUGAAGAGGAGGAGGAGGAGGAGGAGUCGGAAUCGGGUGCAGCGGAUUGAAGGUUUUCCACUUCAGCCCCUUAUUUUUUCCUAAUUGAAAUCUGAUAUUAGAAGUCUAGGCGACAAAAAUCCGCCCUUUCCUCCGGUUAACUUUAUGGGUAUGGUAAGAGAAAGGCUGCCCACGUGCGCACGUGAGCGGGGGUGUAAAUUUCAACAUUGUUUAAAAUUGCCUGUUGGUGGUCCACGUCUCGCGUGGGUCAUGCUCAUCGUGGUCAAA